CAUGCAUCUAAUUUCUUAUAUAUAUACAUUAUUCACUUGUACAUAACUAUUACAUCCAUCCCUUUAUAUUGAAGUUUUCAUUUCGACUAUAUCAUCAAAGAUGUCUAAAACCACCGUUAUUGCUAUUUUCAUGGUUGUCCUCGUUUUAGGGCUUGUGACAAAAGAGACGCAAGGACAAGAAUUGUGUCACGACUAUAUGUCAGGAACAGAACUAUGUGAAGAAGACAAGUGUGUAGCUAAGUGUAUUUGGAUGCACGGGACAGCUGCAAAAGGCACAUGUAUGCCAAAGCCAAGCAAGCAAUGCGUCUGCACUUAUAGUUGCAACGCUUGAUUUUUCUUGUUCUCUCUAUAAACUAUUCUCAGUUUUAAUAAUAAAAAUAAUAUUUCUUAAUUUUGAAGUGUUUGUGAAUUAUGAUUUUAAAU